AUGGUGCUGCAAAAGCUGCUAUCCUUGCGUCCACACAGCUCUCCCGGGGCCGAUAACAUUCACCCGAAAACAUUACAGCGCUGUUUCGAUGAGAACAUCGUACCUUCGAGGUGGAAACAAGGUGUAAUAACGCCCAUAUACAAAGCAGGAAGUCGAUCGGAUCCUGCCAAUUACCGCCCCGUAACGCUUCUGCCUGUGAUCGCCAAAGUCACGGAAGUGGUGAUAGCAGAUGCGUUAACGGGAUACUUGGAAAACUACGGCAUAAUUGCGCCAGGACAGCAUGGGUUUCGUCAACAUCGUUCAUGUACGACGAAUCUGCUGAUAACUCGUGACAACUGGACCAAGACUGUCGAUGAGGGAACAGGAGUCGAUGUUGCAUUCUUGGACUUUUCGAAAGCCUUCGAUCGCCUGGAUCAUCGAACCCUGCUCAUUAAACUCCAACAGUACGGUAUCGGAGACCCGUUGUUAGGAUGGAUCGGUAACUUUCUCUCUGAACGGCAGUUAGAAGUUAGAGUUCGAUCAUCCUUUUCCGAUCCGAUUCGAGUGGGAUGCGGCGUACCGCAGGGUUCGGUACUUGGGCCUCGUUUGUUCCUGCUUUUCAUUAACGAUCUAGUAAGAGUUAUUACCUCGAAAUUCUUACUCUUCGCGGACGACCUCAAGGUUUGGCGGGCGAUAAAACGAUCGGACGACCAUGAAGUCCUACAGCGUGACUUGAAUGAGGCCUGGAAUUGGUCGGUGAGAAACGCCCUGCCGUUUAAUGUGAACAAAUGUCGCGUUGUUCAUAUCCGCCAUCGACAAGUCCACGUCUACAAGCUUGAGGCACACGAUCUGAAGACCACCACUCAGGAACGCGACUUGGGUGUGCUAGUACAGGAAGACCUAGGGUGUUCCAAACAGUCAGAUUCCGCUUCUAAAAGGGGCAACCAGCACGUUGGACUCCUGCGAAGAGCAUUCGGAAUUUUGGAUCCAUCCAUCUUCUCUUUGAUGCUGAAUGCCUACGUGCGUCCUCACGUCGAAUAUGCAAUCCAGGCCUGGCAACCCUGGCUAAAACGUGACCUUGCAGCGCUUGAGACCCUACAGCGUCGAGCAACGAAAAUCGACAAGGGCUUGCGCCACACUCCUUACCAGGAACGACUGGAGAUACUCGGAGUGUUCAGCGGACGGUACCGGCGACUUCGUGGAGACCUCAUACUAGUGUACCAGAUAUUGAGCGAUCCCAGUCACGUAUGCCGCCACCUCUUGAAGCUCAGCCCAAACACUAACCUUCGCGGUAACAGUUUAAAGCUGAUCCAUCAGUACAGUCGUCUAGACUGUCGGAGAACCUAUUUCUCCCUCCGGGUCUGCGGGCCCUGGAACGCCCUUCCAAACUCAGUUGUUUGUGCCCCCACAUUAGAUACGUUUAAAAAACGAUUGGACGUCGCACUGAGCCCCCUGCGCUUUGUUUUAUGA